AUGAAGGAGCUAUUGAUAUCGGCUGGACCUAUGGUCUCUGUGAUUGAGUCACCCAUUCCAAGCCCGAGUCCUGGACAAGUCAUCAUCAAAGUUGUUGUUUGUGGUGCAAACCCUAAAGAUUGGUCAAGGCCUGAGCGGUAUGGCGGCAAUGUAAACCAAGGAGAUGACAUUGCUGGCACCGUGUACUCCAUUGGAGAUGAUGUAGUUGAAUUCAAGGUCGGUGAUAAGGUUGCAGCCUUCCAUGAGAUGGGCACACCCGGUGGUGGGUACGCACAAUAUUCAGUGGCGUGGGCGUAUACAAGCUUUCACAUUCCUAAAGGCAUCUCCUUCGAAGAAGCCGCAACUAUUCCAAGUCUGGCGUGCAUGACUGCUGCAAUGGCUCUUUUCUCACGCUUGCCGCUCCCACAGCCAUGGUCGCCUGUUUCACAUCCAUUACCAUUAAUCAUAAACGGUGCUUCAUCCUCCGUGGGGUGCUAUGCCAUCCAACUGGCACUGCGUGCCAACAUUCACCCUUUAAUCCUCAUCGCGGGACAAGGCGCCACACAUGUUGAGACCCUGAUCGACCGAUCUAAAGGGGACACCAUUGUUGACUAUCGAGGUGGACCACAAGCGAUUGUGUCAGGUAUCAGAGAUGCACUAAGAACUACCGGUCUUGGGGAUAAUUCCUGUCAGUACGCAUUUGAUGUAAUCAGUAGCAAUGGCAGCUGGAAGCCACUUCUCGAGGUCAUAAAGUCCCAUCGAGAAAAUGCAGCUAUCACUUUACUACGUCCCUUACCAGCAGACACUUUUCCCCAAGGUGUUCAACAUUCGCGAACUGGUGUUGGUGGAUGUCAUUCACAACUAGACACACGAGAUUGGGAUCCAGAUCUAGCAUACGUGUUCUUCAGGUUGUUUGCCCGAGGCUUGCAGGACGGAUGGUUGCGUGGCCAUCCUUGGGAAGUGCGAGCUGGAGGUUUGGAUGCUGUGGAAGCAGCAUUGAAGGACUUGAAAGAAGGGAAGAAUAGUGCGAAGAAGUACGUUUUCCGCAUCGCCGAGACUAGUGGGUUGCAAGAUUCAUAG